AACUCGAGGAAACGAUAGAACGUCACGGCGUGUCAUCGUCUUGUUGAUGACAUCUACUGCGCUGGAGGAAUCUUUACGCUGGGUGGUUGUGGAAAUAAGAGCCCUACCUUGGAUACUGCUUGGAAGCGAGGCGCCCCCACGAUGAAGGGGGAUCUGCUGGGCGACUGCCCUGUGCAAAAUCAAAAAGACAUCUAUUUCCUGGAGACCAACAUCAAAUCAGAGAGUGCGAAUCUAGCCAAUCUUUUCGCUCCAACAAAUGACACAAGGACGACAGAAAUGUUCAAAUAUAAGCCGAGACCGAAGUUAAAACAGAAACUUUAUCCUACAUUAGAGUUCUUCGUACAGAAUAAAUCGACGAGUGACAGUCAAAAUAAAGACCCCAAGUGUAGGACCGAAUCUGGAAGCGAAAAAAUCUCCAAAAGCAAUGAAGAGGCCGGACCUAGCGCUUCGAGUCCAUCUGAGAGUAGGCGGAACAGCCUGGACCUUUACAGGGAAGCUGCCUCCAUCUUGGGGUUGACCUGUCAACAGACUGACGACUGCGAGUGCCUGGAAUGUCAGUGUCACUACUUCGACUUCGACGAGGAUACGGACUUUUCCUCUACCGGCGGGGAGUAUCUGAUAACUUCCGGAGUUUCCGGGACCUCGUCCACGUGCUGCAUCCAAUAACCAAGCAUCGUCGGCAGUCCCUUCGCCAUUUUGUAAAUUCGAGAUUUCUACGACUACGUCUCUAUUGGUCAAAAGAACUUUUAUCGAUGUCGACCGAACAAAAAAUGUCUGUGGGGUUGAUUGGAGCCUCUAUGCGCUGUCUGAUUUAUGUGAUACGUCGUUUUUUCGAGGCCUACUUGUACCUAUUUCAGUGAAAAAUAUAUCCUGAUUCUUCGCCAUUCUGUUACCCGGAACACGAUCCAAUUGAAUUCUGCUCAAUGAGAUAUUCUUUUCGAAGGUUCGUUCUGUAAGGAUCACCCAAAGUUGAGUGAGACUCCAGUUAAAUUAUUGUGCCAUUAAAAAUAAAUUUCACGAAAAUAAGAUUUUUGUUAAUAUGUGAGUACCUACGUAAAAAUUGGAAAUUGGGGAAAAUUUGUCCUGACGUCGAAAAACAUUUCAGAUGUCUUGAAAAAUCACAAAAUAUAACUGACAAUGGAAUUAUAUGAUUUUCACUGACAUGAGUUGUUAAACCAGUACACGUGUUUUGCUGUAACAAUAAUAUCUUCAGAUGGGUGAAGGUAAACUGUAAUCUUGUCGUGGUUUAACAGCUCAUAUUAGUGAAAAUCAUAAAAUUCUGUUUUUAGGUGGAUUUUUGGGCAAAUCAAUUCAAUACUCAAAAUAAAAAUCUGUUUCGGUACAAAAAACUGAAGAUUCCCUUUAGUUUCUAAGUUUAACCUCUUUUAUUGAAUACAGUGAAGAUCAGUCAAUGUUUUGAAAAUCUGGGUGGCUAAAUAAUUUCGAAAUUGCAUGAAUUUCCCUGCGGUGUAUUCGACUGUUAACUAUUCAAAAAGGGCAAAAGGAAAUACUAAUGAAUUCUGAAACCGAAAAUUGGAUCAGACGAAUCUCUUACCCGUUCAUCAACAAUUGAACACCCUGUGCACGUAAGUGUCAAGUGACUUCCCAUCUAUAAAACUUCAAGUAAAGCACGACACUCGAUGGUAUUCAAAGAUUUUAUAGCACAAUACUAUCUCGAGUAAUCUAUUCUAUAUGGUUGAAGAUGUAUGUUCAUGAAAAUAUGAAAUAUUUAUGUUAAAUUUUGAAGGAUUCUUAUACCAGUUGAUAUUCUGAUUUUAUGAAUGUAAUAUAUGAACUGAAUAAAUCAUUCUGAAUGUUGA